AUGUACGCUGGAAUAUACCCUGUUGGUUUAAAGUUUGUGCAGGAAUCGUCCGAUGACUCGGACGAGGGCAACACCACCGAUGCUCAACCUGAUGUCCAAGAGAGCCAUGAUGAUAAUCAGGCUGCUUCUGAUGAGGCUCAGAGAGAUAUCUCCGAUCAAAUAUCCGUUUUUAAUCAUUUGCCCUUUCCUGAAGUCCUCUAUUCCCAAGAUGAGAAUAUCCGCCCUUCACAUGUGGGCUCGAGUCCCCCUGUAGGGUCCCCUGUCUUCGAGGACCCCCCGAUCGUUGCAUCCUCUUCAGGCUUAUCUCCUUCUCUUUUGAAUAUUGUCUCGCCCCUGGCGUCUGCGAGUACAUGGACAAGCUCGGCGUCACCACUGAGCUCGGCCGACAUAUGCGAUCUUCGCUCCCAUUUCAGCACUGAAGUCCCUCGUCGAGCCCUGCAAGUUCCGAUGGUGCUGAAGGCCGUGCUUUGCCUUGCAGCCCGACACGAUGCGAUCAUGUCCAAUUCUAGUGACUGGGAGGCCUCCGAAUAUCACGGACAGUGUCUGGAGCUGCUCAUUGCUGCUCUAGCCCUGCCGGAAGAAACAUAUGACGAUAACCUCCUUAUCACUGUGGUUACCCUCCGGAUAUAUGAAGAGCUCGAGCGUGCAACCGAUGAGAAGUGUCAUUGGUCCGCCUCUUCUGGCGGUCUCGCCGAAGCAGUGAGCUGGCAAUUCCUCCGCCAGGCCAUCUAUGCUUCAUUGGUACAACAUCAGCCGAUGCAGCUGGACCUCGCCAACUACGAGCUCUCAUCCGUGUUUCGGCGCCGCGACGACGCUUCAUAUGCCAACAUUAUUAUCUUCUUGUGUGCGAAAAUUAUCCAAUCCUGUUGGGGAUCGCAUUGCAGCUUUGUCGAUGAGGGCGAGUGGCAGCAUCUGUCCGAAAGCGUGGAACAGUGGCAUCGUGCGCGGCCUAUCAGCUGGCAGCCGUUACAGUACAAAGAUUCAGAUCUCGCAGAGAAUCGACCGUUCCCUGAGUUGUGGAUGAUGUCUCCGCCAGCGGUCGUCGGUUUACAAUACUACCAUGCAUCGUGUAUCCUCCUUACUUCGUCCCAUCGACACUGGAAUGUAUCGAGCGACUAUGAACUGGCGCGGUUGAGACGAACCGAAGAGAGAACCAUAGCAUCCCAUCUCGUGCGGACGAUAGGACUUUCCAUGUCGAAUGAGACUGUGGAGAACGCAUACUUUAUGGCGUGCCACUUAUUACAUCGAUAUGGCUACUGCCUCCGCCACCCCUCCGAGAAACAAGGGUCCUUGAAAUUUCUCCGCCGGGUGGAAAAGGCGGUUGGGUGGCGCACCGACUGGAUGAUCCGGGAGCUUGAGGUUCAGUGGGGAGAGUUGGCGGAGAUGGAUCGAUGGGAUUGA